CGCACGUGACGCGUGCGGAGGAACGGGGACAGGCGGUCCGGGAUCCCGGGAAUCCACGUGUGAGCCGCUCUUUCCCGCGAAUUUGGUUUGUGCCGGGCGGGGAGGACCCCAUCAUCUGACCCCGACUGUGAAAUGAGCUAGCCCCGGGUUCAGUCGCCCGCUGGCACCGCUCCGGGGAAGUCCCGGUGAGCGAGGCACCGCGGCGUCGCGUCCCGUUUCUCGGCAGCGGGGCGGGGUGGGGGAGAAGGUGCAAACAGUCCGGGGGCUCGGAGCUCGCGCCCUGUGCCCCACCCAGGCUGCGGCCGGGCGGGGAGGAAGCGCGUAAAGGUUGAGUGCAGUUUCCCUUUCUGCAUUUUCGUCAGAGCAGCCCCAACCGGCGGUGGGCUGCAAUGCCGGACUUCAGUUUGUAGGUGCCCCGGAGCCGAAGGGGUUAAAGCAAGCGACUCCCUCCCCCCACGCCCCCACCCCGCCGCCUGCUUCACAAGCCCAGGCGGCCAGCCAUGGGCGGCCGCGAUCACCUGUUCAAAGUGCUGGUGGUGGGGGACGCCGCGGUGGGCAAGACGUCGCUCGUGCAGCGAUACUCCCAGGACAGCUUCAGCAAACACUACAAGUCCACGGUGGGAGGUUCACCCAGUCCGAGCUGACCGCCUGGAAGGAGAUUGGGCCAAGUGGAUUUUGCUCUGAAGGUUCUCCAGUGGUCUGACUCCGAGAUGGUGCGGCUCCAGCUGUGGGAUAUUGCAGGGCAGGAGCGCUUCACCUCCAUGACUCGACUGUACUAUCGGGACGCCUCAGCUUGUGUUAUUAUGUUUGAUGUUACCAACGCCACGACCUUCAGCAAUAGCCAGAGAUGGAAGCAGGACUUGGACAGCAAGCUCACCCUGCCUAAUGGAGAGCCUGUGCCCUGUCUGCUCUUGGCCAACAAAUGUGACCUGUCCCCUUGGGCAGUGAGCAGAGACCAGGUUGACCGGUUCAGUAAAGAGAAUGGUUUCACGGGUUGGACAGAAACAUCAGUCAAGGAGAACAAAAAUAUUAAUGAGGCCAUGAGAGUCCUUAUUGAAAAGAUGAUGAGCAAUUCCAGAGAAGAUAUGUCUUUAUCCACCCAAGGGGACUAUAUCAAUCUACAGACCAAGGCCUCGUCCAGCUGGGCCUGCUGCUAAUAGUGUCUGGCUUGUUUUCUCUCCUACGUUUAGGAGGUCUUUUCAUCUCUUCCCUUCGGACGCCCACCCAGCAAUCUUAUUAGUUUUAUUAAUCUUAUUAAGUACGUUUGGACUGUCUCCUGCCAGUUAUCCAGGAAGGAGGACCAUCGCCACGAAGGAAAGACCUGGGACUUGUGUGCCUUUCUGCAUCUCGCAAAUUCCUACUUGUUGCCGGCUCCCAUGGCUCAGUACCUUCUGUAUAAGAAAGAUCACCUUAUCCCUCAUUUUGUGAUCCCAGACUCUUGUGGGGAGCAUUAGAAAUCAGCACCUGUAUUUUAAGGAUCCUAAUUGCCACCUGUUUUUGCGUUUCUUUUUCCAUUUGACGGAUGUGGAUAUCUCAGUCUGAUCUGACUUCAGAUUUCGAGGAAAAUGAGAGCAAAGGGCAUUUCCCAAAUUCAUCAUAGGUUAUUGCUUUCGGAUUCUUUCUGUCUUGGACUUUGAAUUUAAACCUCUGAUUCUGAGAUGGGCAAGAAGUGGGGCUGACUAUCCAUGGGUUCUGGGUCACAGGAGGUAACCCAAAAGUCACUAUUUUUGAAGCUUCUAAAGUCAUAAUUGGCUUUCUCUUGUCUUGGCUUCAGGAAUAGUCAAGCUUUUAAACUACCUGUUGUGUGUGAUGAGAGCAUUUCUUUCCCCAAAGAAACAAUUGUCCCAUUAGGGUUUUCUAGUAUCUCCCUCCUGGUGGGUUUCUGGGUUGAUGUCUUGAUGCCUAAUGCUGCAGGGUGACAUCACUUGGCUGUGGUGCCCUGAAAUAGGUCUGUUCCUUACCGCCCUGGGAGUCUGAAUGGAAGAGGGAGAGGUUAACAGAACAAAAUCCUGUGGGGCCACUUGCUUCUGAGCACUUUGGGUGCCUAGCACUUACCAGCCAUAGGAAACAAAUUUUAUGUACAGACCUUUGCCUGAGUGGGGAGAGUAGAUAGAGAGAAAAUCAUUAGGGAAUUUAAGUGCUAAAUCGGGUAGGGUUUUUCGUAUCAAAUCACUUCUCGACAGCUUCAUUUGUUGAAUUCUCACAGGAUGGUGAUUUAUGACCUACCCAAAGUUAUGAAUAUUCUUUGUGAACUCAAAGACCUAGAGUUCUUUGAAAGACACUUAUUUUAAAUGUGUGUCCUAAGUAAGUGGUUCCCGAAUCAACUUAUCAGAACCACCUGGGAAGUUUAUUAAAUUUUUUUUAAAGAUUUUAUUUAUUUAUUUGACAGAGAGAGACAAAGCGAGAGAAGGAACCUAAGCAGGGGGAGUGGGAGAGGGAGAAGCAGGCUUCCUGCAGAGCAGGGAGCCCGGUGCCGGGCUCGAUCCCAGGACCCUGGGAUCAUGACCUGAGCCGAAGGCAGAUGCUUAACAACUGAGCCACCCAGGCGCCCCUGUUAAAAUUUUUUUAAAUAAAAUGCGUACGUUUUAAGAUUUCUGGGUCCCAAACUCAAGCCUCCUGAAUCAAAAUUUCCAGAGUUGUGGUGUGGGAAUAUAUGGUUGUUGUUUUUCAAAGGUACCCAGGUCAUUUGACCAGCCUGGUUUGGAAAACAUUGCUGGAGAAUUUGGUAAAGAUGCAGAGACCCAGGCAUUCCCUGAGUAAAUGGUCCUGGGUUUCCCUAUGCUCUGUUUGCUCUCCAGGUGAUUCCACUAUACCCCAGACUUUGGAAACUGCUCUCCUAAGCAAAUGAUUAGAGACCAAAUAUCAGAAAGAGAACAGGAGCCAGGCCUUCAGUGGUUGGUUGGUUUGUCUGCUUUUAACGCCAGUGACUAACUUUUGCACAGUGUUUUAAGACCUUGAAGUUCUCUUUUGUAUUACCCUUUUCAAAUAGGUUUUUAUUACAAUGAUUCUGAAGAUAAGAGUGGAAUAGCAAAGUCCCUUUAUGUGAAAAGAAAACUGAUUUUUAUUUACUGGCUUAAACCUCUGCAAAGUCACAAAUAAAGGCAAAAUAAGUCUUGUAUUUAUGGGA